AUGGCUGUGAGAAUGUUACGUUUUCUCGUAUCAAUGUCACUGCUCCUGCUGACAAGCCCUAACACCGAUGUGAUUGACGUUACUUUUUUCCAAAACGUCUUGAUUCAGGAUUCCUCUAUGCAAACUGGUGAUGAUUGUAUUGCCAUUAGUGGUGGCUCCUCUUUAGUCAAUGUUACUGGGAUUGCUUGUGGACCAGGCCAUGGAAUAAGCCUAGGAAAAAGGAAUGACACAGUGGAAGGAGUACAUGUACGAAAUUGUAGCUUGACAAAAACUAAAUAUGGAGCAAGAAUCAAAACGUUUCCGGUUGGAAUUGGUUGUGCAAAGCAAAUCACUUUUGAGGAAAUAACGUUGGUAGAAACCCGUUACCCAAUAUUUAUUGAUAAAAACUAUGGCAGUUAUCCUUCAACGGAUGAAGAAGUAGAAGUGAGUGGGGUGACAUUCAGAGGGUUUUCAAGGAACAUCCUUUGA